GACAGCUGCAGUGAAACACGCGGAAGGUGAAAACAAAGCACACGGGAUGGCGUUAGCUCUUCUAUUGUUAGUCUGUUGUGUGAAGACGGGUUUGAGGUUUAGCUUAAUAUUUGAGUGUUUGAAGUAAAAAUAUUGCCUGUUCAUCCUCAGAGAGAGUUUAUCAACGAGCAGGUAACUCCUGCUGAAGAAACAUUCACAGAGUUGAAAGAAAUCAACGUUAAGAUCGAGGAAGAGAUGGAGGAUCAGCGCAGACUGAUGGAUUUCAGGCGGACACCGAUGAUCAUCUUACACCGGAUAGUUCUGUGUAAAGAGGAGGAGGUUCUCAAUGAGCCCAGCAACCAGGAGGAAAACUCCGCUUUAUGUCAAGCACCAGAACUUCUGCAGAUAAAACAGGAACAAGAAGAACCAGAACCUCUGCAGAUAAAACAGGAGCAAGAAGAACCAGAACCUCUGCAGAUAAAACAGGAGCAAGAAGAACCAGAACCUCUGCAGAUAAAACAGGAGCAAGAAGAACCAGAACCUCUGCAGAUAAAACAGGAGCAAGAAGAACCAGAACAUCAAGAGUUCAAAGAGGAAGAGAAGCAACUCUGCAUCAGUCAGGAUGAAGAGCAUGUUGUGCUGAAACAGGAGACUGAUGACAUUUUGGUGAUUUAUCUUAAUGUGGAAAGAAUCCAUAAUGAAACAGAACCACAGAGGAACCAACUAAUCUCUCAUGGCUCUGCUGAGAAUGAGAACCAGGAUCAGGAAGGAAGCAUUUCUGAAGACCCAGGAAAAAAGAGAGAUGAGGAGCAGAAACAAAAUGAGAAAUAUGAGAAAACAAAACGGCAGAAAAGUAAAACUGAGAGUUCAAAUCAAAAUAAGAUAGUUCAUCCAGACCAAAAAUUAUAUUCCUGUAAAAUUUGCAAUAAAACCUUUUCUAGAAACAGUUCUGUGACUCGACACAUGAGAAUUCACACAGGUGAAAAAAAGUUCACCUGUUCAAUGUGUGGAAAACAAUACUGUUCAAAGUACACUUUAAAGAAACACAUGAAAAUUCAUGUGGGUGAGGAGCCUUCCCAGUGUACGAUCUGUAAAAAAAUAUUUACUUGUAAAAAUGAUUUAACUGAUCACAUGCUGACUCACAUGGGUGAGAAGCCACAUUCAUGUGUGACCUGUGGAAAACAUUUUAGUUACAAAAGUUAUUUAAAUAUUCACAUGAGGAUUCACACAGGUGAGAAGCCUUUUUCGUGUCCAAGUUGUAGAAAAAGUUUCAGUCAAAAAGGAGCUUUAACUUGGCACAUGAGAAUUCACACAGGUGAGAAGCCUUUCUCUUGUGGCACCUGUGGAAAACGUUUCACCUUUAAAGAGACUUUAAAUGUUCAUAUGAGAAUUCACACAGGGGAGAAGCCUUUCUCUUGUGGAACCUGUGGAAAAAGUUUCACCUAUAAAUGCAGUUUCAAUGUUCAUAUGAGAAUUCACACAUGUGAGAAGCCUUUCUCUUGUGGAACUUGUGGAAAAAGAUUCACACACAAAGGACAUUUAACUCAUCACUUUAGAAUUCACACAGGUGAGAAGCCAUUCUCUUGUGGGACGUGUGGAAAGAGUUACAGUGAAAGGAAGACUUUAACUCAGCAUAUGAGAAUUCACACAGGUGAGAAGCCUUUUUCUUGUGGAACGUGUGGAAAGAGUUACAGUGAAAGGAAGACUUUAACUCAGCAUAUGAGAAUUCACACAGGUGAGAAGCCAUUCUCUUGUGGGACCUGUGGAAAACAUUUUACCUUUAAAGAUUCUUUAAAUGUUCAUGUGAGAAAUCACACAGGUGAGAAGCCUUUUUCUUGUGGGACGUGUGGAAAGAGUUACAGUGAAAGAACAACUUUAUCUCGGCAUAUGAGAAUUUACAUGUGAGAAGCCUUUCUGAUGUGAAACCCAUAAAAGAAGCUACAGAUUCAAAUAUGAUUUAAAUCAUCAUCUUUUGAUUCAGACUGGGAGAAACAUUUCUCAUGUACAAGUUUUGAUAAAAGUUUUUUUCCAUAAAAGGCAAAUAACUUAUGACACGAGGGCUCACACAGGUAGAAGAAUUGGAUAAUGUGAACCUCGAAUAUCAAGUAGUUUUAUCUUUCCAUUAAACUUUUUUUCAUUUUAUUUUAGGUGACCUAUCAAUCUGCUAGUGUCUUUUUAGUAAUGUAUUGUGUAUUUUUACAACUUAUAUUUGUAGUGUGUUAAAGGAACAAUGCAUUGGAACAUUUUUAGUUUUAGACUUAAAUUUUUGUAGUCCUUGUGUUGGAAGAAUUGUAUUAUCAUUUAUUUGCUUUACCUUUAUUUUACAUCAUUAUCAUUUAUUUGCUUUACCUUUAUUUUAUGUUAUCAUCCAUUUAUUUACCUUUGUAUUUUCAUUUUAAUGAUGUGCUUUGAGUAUUUUGAAGUGCUUUAAGUAUUUUGAAGUGUUUGCAGAAACUCUGGAAGCGGCCUGCCGAGUACUGAAGAAGGAGGAUACCAUGAACGAGACAUUUCGGAAUUGAUUGCCCAGAGGAACUGCAAAUCUAUAGUCUUAUGUUAUGAAAUACGCUUUUGAAGAUAGUAUAAAUGAGUUGUAUUCAUGUGAGUGUGCAGCUGCUUAUGCUCCCUUUCCUUCAGAGCUGCCCACUGUCUGUAACUAGGGUGUUCCCAAUUCUAAUAAAAGCAGGGUAAGACUCUGUUGGAGCUUCAGAGCAUAGGCCAAAAUCUGUAACUGGGUUUCAACUGUGUUCUCCCUGCAGGUAA